UACCUGCACCUCUUUCGUCCGCUUCUCUCCCUCCGCGUGUGUCACCGCCCGCCCCGCAUGUCUACGACUCUCCUCCUGGCGGCUGCCGGGUUGGCUGCGCUCAAUUCCCCGGCUUCGGGCUUUGUCGCCGCUGUAGGAACUCCUGCCCGAGCGGCCCCCGCUGCUGCUGCUGCUGCUGCUACGAAGGUGUCCGCCGACGGUAGCGAUGCCGAACCAGCCUUCACGCUGUACAGCAGUGACAAGUGCCCUUACGCGCAACGUACAUGGAUCGCUGCCAGGGAGCUAGGCGUGCCGUUCAAGUUCCACGCCAUGGAGCUCGGAAAGGACAACCGCGAAGAGUGGUUCCUGAAGCUAAACCCGUUGGGAAAGGUCCCGACCAUCGUCUGCGGUGACGACGUGAUUUACGAAUCUCUGGUGGUGAACGAGUACCUGGCCGAGAAGUUUCCGCCGGGGGGAGAAUACGACCCGUCCCCGCUGUUGCCAGCGUCCCCCGCGGACAAGGCGAAGGUCCGGAUAGUCGCCAGUCGCAGCAGCGACCUCGUCACGGCAUACUUCACUUAUCUGAGCAACAAGGAUGAGGAGCAAGAGGCGGAGAAGCGCGAGAAGUUGGAGAAGGAGCUCAAGGCGCUGGAUGCCUGGGCCGCAGCUUCGGCGGGGGAGGGGGAGGCCUGCGGCUGGUUGUGCGGGGAGGCGGGGGAGGGGCGCAUGACUCUCGCGGACGUCGCCUACUUCCCUUUCCUCGAACGAAUUGCCGCCACCCUCGAGCCCUUCAAGGGGUGGUCUCUAGGCGACAUCGAAGUACCCGCGCUGGUGGCGUGGAUCGACAAGUGCCGAGCGAGGGAGUCCGUGGCAGGCACCCUGAAAGACCCCGCCAUGUGGGCAGAGCUGUACAAGAUGUUCCUCGGAGUUAACUACUUCGAGAGGGCGGGGGUGGCCAAGAAGUGAAGCGUAACUACGCCCAAAGGGUGUCAUCGUACUAGUAUCGUAAGUAGUGUUUUUUGUUGACCAGCUUCUUAGAAGCAAUGCGGAUGCACGCGAGAGGCAGGGUUGAACCACCACACUCCGGCAGAGUGUGUGUACCAUUGAGGUACGCA